UGGGACACUGAGGAAAGAAAGAGAGAGAAGGGCUCUUUCUUCUUCUUCUACUCCAUUCUCUCGAGGAAGGAAUUCUUCUUCUCACUCCCCUCUCUCUUUCUUUCCGGUUUUGGGGUUUUCGAUCGAGACGGAGCAUCGAUUGGAUCAAUCGGCGCGAGCAUGCGAAUGCGCAUGCAGCAGCGGCGGCGAGCGAUUCGGCAGCGGCGAAUGCGAAUGCGGCAGGACGAGCAGCAGCAGCAGCAUUGCCUGGGCUCUCAACCUCUUCUCGGAUUUGUAAGCGAGCGCGCAGGGAGCGAGCUAGGAUCGCAAGAUAGAGGGAGCUCGCGAUUGGUCGAUCGCUGGAUGCUUUAAGGCCAGUGCCUGGAUCGUCUGGGAGAGUGACAGAUCAGGGCAGCCACCCCCGGCGCUCGAUCGAGCAUCAAGAGCAUUGAUUGAGCGGCGUAAAGAGAAUGCCGCGGCACCGUUGAGUGUUCUUGGGAGGCAUUUAAGAGAAGAACUGGCAUAGCAGCGCGCGAUGCUAGAGCUCGCAACGAAUUCAUCAAAGGAAUGACGAGCGUACCUGGUCCGUAGAAAAGCUGUUUGAUCGAUCGAGCCGCGGAAGAAAAGGAGGAGUUCCAGCUCCACGAACACGGAGGAGGAGCAAAGAUGAUAAGUCUCCAUGAUCUCUACACCGUGCUGAGCGCCGUGGUGCCACUCUACGUCGCGAUGAUCCUGGCCUACGGCUCGGUGAGGUGGUGGGGGAUCCUCACGCCGGAGCAGUGCGGCGGGAUCAAUCGCUUCGUCGCCAUCUUCGCGGUGCCGCUGCUCUCGUUCGAGAUCGUCAGCAGCAACAACCCCUACGCCAUGAAUCUCAAGUUCAUCGCCGCCGACAUCGUCCAGAAGCUCGCAAUUCUCGCCGCGCUCGCGCUCUGGGUCAAGUUGUCGCGCCACGGCAGCCUCGAGUGGCUCAUCACCUUGUUCAUGCUCGCCACGCUUCCAAACACGCUGGUGAUGGGAAUUCCACUCCUGGCAGCCAUGUAUGGAGCCAAGCCCGGUGGAUUGAUCGUCCAGGCGGUGGUGCUCCAGUGCGUCAUCUGGUACACCUUUCUACUCUUCCUCUACGAGUACCGCAGCGCGAAGUUGCUCAUCCAAGAACAGUUCCCCGACACCGCCGGAUCCAUCAUCUCGUUCAAGAUCGAGUCGGACGUGGUUUCGCUCGACGGCCGCGAGCCGCUCCAGACCGACGCCGAGGUGGGCGACGAUGGAAAGAUUCACGUCACCGUGAGGAAGUCGGUGUCCUCGCACCACUCCAUGCUCUCGCCGAGGAGAUCCGUGGGUCUCAGAUCCAUGCCGUCGUCCAAAGCGCUCACACCCCGGCCCUCCAACCUCACCGGAGCGGAGAUUUACUCGAUGCAUUCGUCGCGGAACUUGACUCCGAGAGAGUCGAGCUUCAACCGGAAUGACUUCUACUCGCUCAUGAGCUUCACCAACAUCCCACCACCGCGGCAGUCGAAUUUCACCAACACGGAUGUCUACUCGCUCCACUCGUCGCGCGGUCCGACGCCGAGAACCUCCAACUUCAACGAGGAGAACUCGCGAGCUCUCAACAAUGCCGCCGCCGCCUCGCCGUCACCUCGCUUCCCGCUCUACAACAGCAGCAGCUCCAUCUUUCCAAAGCCCGGCGAUGGCGGCUUUGGAUUCUCUCCAAAGCAUCACCACGGAGGAGAACUCCGCGCUUCUCCAAAGCUCGUCCACAACAACAGGUCGGCGGUAGCGGCCGAGGAUCCAAACGCCAAAGAUCUCCACAUGUUCGUGUGGAGCUCCAGCGCCUCGCCAGUCUCGGAAGCUCAUCCGCAGCACCAGCAGCAGCAACACGGUGGUGUUCUUGGUGGCUAUGGUGGAACUUCGGACUAUACUGCCACCACCACCACGAACAACAACAUUAAUGGAGGAGACUUGAAAGAGAGACUAUCGCCACUCGCUCAUCAAUCCGUUCCGGGCCGACAGUAUGACGAGUACGAUCGAGACGACUUUAGUUUUGGCAACAGGCCGAGCUUCCGCGGGGAUGAAUCCAUGAUCGCGGAUAAAGAGGGGCCAAGCCUCACCAAGAUUGGAUCCAGCUCCACGGCGGAGCUGGCUCCGAAAGACGGCGACAACAAGGCCGAGAUGCCUCCGGCUCGGAUUAUGACGAGGGUGAUACUGAGCAUGGUGUGGCGAAAGCUUGUUCGCAAUCCCAACACUUACUCGAGCUUGAUUGGAGUUAUCUGGGCUCUCAUCUCGUUCAAGUGGCACAUCGAAAUGCCUGUGAUCGUCGACAAGUCCAUCACAAUUCUCUCCAGAGCUGGCCUGGGGAUGGCUAUGUUCAGCUUGGGACUUUUCAUGGCUCUCCAGAAGAGACUUUUGGCGUGUGGAACUUCUCUGGCGAUCUACGGCAUGGUGGUGCGAUUUCUCACCGGCCCGGCGGUCAUGGCGGCCGCGUCCAUCGCCUGUGGACUCCGGAGUGUGGAGCUCAAAGUCUCCAUCGUCCAGGCCGCACUGCCUCAAGGAAUCGUGCCUUUUGUUUUCGCCAAGGAGUAUAAUGUCCAUCCCGACAUUUUGAGCACCGCGGUCAUCUUCGGCAUGCUCGUGUCAUUUCCAAUCACUCUCUUGUAUUACGUGCUCUUGGGUCUGUAGUGCUUCGUGGAUUUUCUAUCUUGGAGAGAGAGAGAGAGAGAGAGAGAGAGAGAGAGAGUGGCAAACAAGAGGAUAUUUGAGAGGAAGAGCUGAGAAAUGGAGAUACGGCGAGCAUGGAAGCUUUCUUUCUAGCUCUAAUCCUAUGUAGAAGAACAAAGCUUUCGAUUUUAUAAAAACAGAGGUUUCUCGAAAA